UGUGUGUGUGUGUGUGUGUGUGUGUGUGUGUGUGUGUGUGUGUGUGUGUGUGUGUGUGUGUGUGUGUGUUGGUGGAUAUGUUAUAUCUGGACUUUUCACCUGAUUACACACCAGCAUUACGAGGACCUAUAUGGUAUUUACGGACCAUGCUGAGGUCCUCAUAAAACAAAGAGUGUAAACGGCUUAUAACUGUUUAAGUAACAUACUCUCUCUUUUUCGUGGAAAGUCCUUUUUUACCACUUUACCUGAUUUCUGUGUAUCACAGUGUAUAGAACAGCGCCGCGUAGCGUCCUGACCAUGCUGGUGCUGUUUCAUACACAUUUUGACACACACGGUUAAAAUUUCGCGGGCUGCCUUGUGAUUGGCUGGUUUUUCCUGCGGAGCGGGACAGGGUGAGUGACGUCGGAGGGGCGGGUCAGUCACGUUGGAAGGACUUACGGACGUCAAGUACAAGGUCUAUCAGCCCUUUAAAGAUGAAGACAGGCUUGAAUACCUAGCUCCGAGAUGAAACCGUGUGAGGUGAGAUAUGAUGGCAUGCUUUAUGAUUUUUACGUACGAACGUCAAGUACAAGGUUCAUCAGUUUUUUAAAGAUGAAGACAUGCAUGAGUAGCAAGCUCCGUGAGUUACGUUAGCUCCUGGUAGCUCCGUGUAUAGCUAGCUCCGAGUAGCUCCGUGAAUAGCUAGCUCCGAGUAGCUCCGUGUGUAGCUAGCUCCGAGUAGCCCCGUCUGUAGCUAGCUCCGAGUAGCUCCGUGUGUAACUGGCUCCGUGUAGCUCCGUGAGUAACGUUAGCUCCGAGUAGCCCCGUGUGUAGCUAGCUCCGAGUAGCCCCGUGUGUAGCUAGCUCCGAGUAGCUCCGUGAGUAACGUUAGCUCCGAGUAGCUCCGUGAUUAACGUUAGCUCCGAGUAGCUAGCUUUGUAUAAAACGGAGCUAGCUACAGUUACGAAUGGAGGAGAUGAGACCGUGUGAGGUGAGAUAUGAUGAUAUGCUUUGUGUUUUUUUAAACGAACGUGCAAAACGUAGCGGACAUGCUAGGGACUUUCUUAACUUCUACAGUUAAUCUUAGAGCAUCUAAAGAUGUUCUUAAAUUGUGAAACAGUGUUAAAUUAAAAUUUGAAUUGCGCUGUUAUGGAUUUUCUUAUAUUAUCUCCGUUUAUUACUGAUUUAAAUGGCUAUAGAAAGUUUUCUGAUCGUGCAUGUUCUAUAAAUAAAGAUAAAAAUGCUGAUAGCCUUCUUUGGUCAUUUCAGUAACAAAAUAUGCAUCGGCGAAGACGCUUAAAUCCGAAGGAUGAUGCCAAAUUUUACAUUGAUACUGGAGGGGACAAAGUGGGACUUGAUGUCAAAUACAUCAAUGCCUUCAAAGGUCGCGGCAUCUUCACCUCGGCUCCAUUUGAUAAAGGAGACUUUCUGUUAGAAUAUAGAGGUGAACUAAUAAACCAUAAAGAAUGUCAGAGGAGACAGAGCCUUUACCAUGACCACCUUAAGGUGUUCAUGUUCGAGUUCCAUUUUAAUGGAAAACUAUGGUGUGUUGAUGCAGCAAAAGAGGAUAGGUCUCUUGGAAGGCUUGUAAAUGACGAUAAUGUAAACCCCAAUGCCAAGAUGAAGUACCUAAACAUCCAAGGGAAGCCCCAUCUGUGUUUGUUUGCAGCACGAGACAUCAGUCAAGGAGAGGAGAUCACCUAUAAUUAUGGUGACUCUGACUGGCCAUGGCGAUGCAAGAUGAUCACUGCGAAUGAGCUGAUGGAGUCUGCUGCAAGUGACGAGGCCAACAAGAUUGAGACCUCUGUGGAUGGCCUGAGUCCAACAUGUCCACAACAUAGUCCCCCCAAAAGGGUUGAAAAGAUGAUCACUGCGAAUGAGCUGAUGGAGUCUGCUGCAAGUGACGAGGCCAACAAGAUUGAGACCUCUGUGGAUGGCCUGAGUCCAACAUGUCCACAACAUAGUCCCCCCAAAAGGGUUGAAAAGAUGAUCACUGCGAAUGAGCUGAUGGAGUCUGCUGCAAGUGACGAGGCCAACAAGAUUGAGACCUCUGCGGAUGGCCUGAGUCCAACAUGUCCACAACAUAGUCCCCCCAAAAGGGUUGAAAAGAUGAUCACUGCGAAUGAGCUGAUGGAGUCUGCUGCGAGUGACAAGGCCAACAAGAUUGAGACCUCUGUGGAUGGCCUGAGUCCAACAUGUCCACAACAUGGUCCCCCCAAAAGGGUUGAAAAGUGUCUAAAGCAUCACCUGGUGUCCGCAACAAUAUCCUCUUUGGACAAAUGUGUCCAAUGUGUGGGACCUGUAUCCUCCUUCAAGUGGGUUGGCUAUGAAUGCAGAGUUUGUUCAGGAGUCUGGCAUAAAUCCUGCCUCAGGAAAAUGACGAAUGAUAACCAAGACCCAUCACAGGUCAGUUGGACACAGAAAACAGAACAAAGUUUGUUGAACUCUUAACUGUCUGGAGCUGUCCAUCACGUAAAAUCCUUUCGUUUUCUUUCCAGUUUCUCGAUCAAAUAUCUGAUGAUGAUGACGAUGAUGACAACGACGAGUGUGUGUCGAGUGAGGAAUACAUACCAGACUCGGAAACCCAUGAUGAGGAUGAUGAUUCAGAUGCAAGCAUCCCCAUUACCCC